AGCCAAUGGCCCAAGUGAGGGGCGAAAGCUGCAAAGGACAGUAUGGUGGUGUGAUUCAUGGCUUCCUGGCUUCGUAGCUGUGCUUCCGCACUGCGGCGCCUCCCCCGAAGGGGCAUCGAGGAAUUCUGGCAAGGGGGCGUGCGAGAUCCGCUCAUCAAUGCCGCGCAGAAGCAGGAGUGGGCCAAAUCUGGCGAUCCAUGGCCAGCAGUGCUACUGCGUCAGAAGUCUUUUGAGGAUAUGCACAAGCUUUGGUAUGUCCUCCUCAAGGAGAAAAACUUCUUGCUUGCCGAGCAGCACGAGGCAAGGCAGAAUCGGGUUCGAUGGAAACAUCAUGGCCGUCUCAAGAAGGUCAAACUCUCCAUGAAGCGCAUUCUUACGGUGCUCACGCGUCGCGAGAUCCAUCAGCAGGUGCUCCGGUCCAAAGAGAUGCUACUGCAGCAGACGCAGCGAGAAGAGUUGGAGACGCAACGCUUCCAGCUGGAAGAGUCCAUGAAGGGCCUCCGAUGGAAGAUACGCCGAGCGGAGCCCCGAGAUUCCAUGGCGACCCAAGCGUGGAAGGCCACCCUGCAGAAGUACGAGGCGUGGCUUCCCACAUCAAUGCAUGCACUAGCCUGUGCCAGUUGGGGGUUAGGCGGAUCACGAGCGUUUGCUGAGGGAGCUGGUGCCAUUGAGAAGAGACACCAUGCAGCUGCUUUCACCUGACUGGAGGUUUGCGCGCAAGUACUCGGAUCUACCUGGAGCCAUCAAUUGGAAGAGGCAGUGGGUUCGAGCCUUGGAGGAUCGCCAGUGGAAGCCCGUUAGACUACCAGCCUAGCGGAAAAAAGAGAGGCUUCCGAAAACGACGGUGGCGAAGGGAGGCUUGCUGCUGCUGCUGCUGCCGCCGCCACUUUUGUUACUGUUUGGAUCUUGGAGAUUGAGUUGGAUAGGUGCGCCACCGCCAAUGCCGCUGGCAGUUUGAGCUUUUGCAGCAGAGAGCUGAUGCACAAAAAUGUGC